AUGACAGACUCGACAGGAUAUUUGGGUUAUUGGAGCGUCUUGCUCAGGGUGCAGCAGGUUAUACCAGCGGGGUUACAAGCUGGGGUAGGGGCACAGGCCCCUGGUUAUCAGCAUCAGAUUCCAGUGGUUCCAGAGCCGGUGGUUCAGCCACCACAGGUUCCAGCACCGGUUGUAAGUGUACCGGCGGCCCUUGAGUUGGCCUUGGCAGAUGAUGACCAGGUCUACUAUGAGCAGUUUCAGAAAAUGAAACCACCUCAGUUUCAUGGUGCUAAGACUGAUGAUGCUCACGAGUUUUUGACCUUGAGUCGAGAGAUGUUGGCGGCGGUACGCAUGUUAGAUAAGAGGGGCAUCCGAUUUGUGUCCCUUCAGUUACGCGGUGUCGCUAGGGAGUGGCUGAGGACCUUCACGAGUUCGAGACCAGCGGGAUCUCCUCCAAUGGAGUGGGGUGAGUUUGCUAGUGCCUUCAAGGGUCGUUUCAUCCCUUGGAGUGUACAGGAGAAGAGCCGUAUGAGGUUUGAGAGUUUGGUGCAGGGUAGCAUGUCAGUCGCAGAUUACGAGGCUCGAUUCUGGCAGUUGUCGAGACAUGCCUCUGGUUUGAUUUCAGGUGAGCCUGAGCGGAUUCGCAGAUUUGUCAGGGGUUUGACUCCCACUAUCCGUAGUUAUGUGUAUAGAUCAUCUCGAGAGGCUACCGAGAGUGGGCCAGCAGCUCGGGGUCCUCCAGGUUCGGGUAGAGGUGGUUAUAGCAUUACUUCGGGUUCUUCACAGUCAGGAUCCACGCCAAGGUCUUGUUAUGGUUGCGGUGAUCCAGGCCACUUGAUUCGUCAGUGUCCACAUCAGACUCAGUCUGGACCACACCGUAUUGUCUCCGCGGUCCCAGAGAGAGAUUCAACACCUCCGGCUAGAGGUCGGGGUCGGGGACCGGCAUCUGGUAGAGGCGGACGAGCUUCGGGUAGAGGUGCUAGUGGCGCCUCAGGUUCACAGAGUGGGGGCAGAGGUGCCCAGUGUUAUGCUUUUCCUGGGAGGCCCGAGGCUGAGGCUUCUAAUGCAGUUAUCACAUGUAUCGUCUCAGUUUGUCAUCGGCCUGCUUCCGUGUUAUUUGAUCCUGGUUCUACAUUCUCAUAUGUGUCUACAUAUUUUGCUUCCGGCCUUGAGUUGACUUGUGAUCGUAUGUCUGUGCCUAUUAGAGUCUCUACACCCGUAGGUGAACCCUUAGUGGUGAAUCGAGUAUAUCGAUCUUGUCUUGUUGUCUUAUCGGGGUAUGAGACUUGGGUGGAUAUGAUUCUUCUUGAUAUGUUAGACUUUGAUGUCAUAUUGGGUAUGGACUGGCUUUCCCCCUAUCAUGCGCUUCUUGAUUGUUAUGCUAAGACUGUCACCUUAGCUAUUCCGGGUAUUCCUAGAGUGGAGUGGAGAGGGACUAGUGGUUCGUAUCCCAACGGGGUCAUAUCUCAUAUUCGGGCUCAGAGGAUGAUUAAUCGGGGUUGUUUAUCUUAUUUGGCCUUUAUUCGGGAUAUUGGAGCUGAGUCACCGGCCAUGGAGUCUAUUCCGGUGGUUCAGGAGUUCCCUGAUGUGUUUCUCGAGGAUCUACCUGCUGUUCCUCCUGUUCGUGAUAUUGACUUCUCUAUUGACUUGGAGCCGGGCACCAAACCCAUAUCUAUUCCACCUUAUCGUAUGGCUCCAGCUGAGUUGAAGGAGUUGAAGGAUCAGAUUCAAGACUUAUUGAGUAAAGGAUUCAUACGCCCUAGUGGGGCAGCCUUGUUCUCUAAGAUCGACUUGAGAUCUGGGUAUCAUCAGUUGAGGAUUAAGCCUUCAGAUGUGGCGAAGACAGCUUUUCGCACACGAUAUGGUCAUUAUGAGUUUUUGACCGAGGCGGAUCAUGUUUGUCAUUUGAGGGCCGUGCUACAGAAGUUGAGAGAUGAGAAGUUGUAUGUCAAAUUGUCUAAGUGUGAGUUUUGGCUUGAAUCAGUGGCUUUCCUAGGGCACGUGGUGUCUAAGGAUGGAGUUAGGGUUGAUCCGGCCAAGAUUGAGGCGGUUCAGGGUUGGACUAGACCUACAUCACCUAUCGAGAUUCGGAGUUUUGUUGGGUUAGCGGGUUACUAUCGGCGUUUUGUUCAGGGAUUCCCUACUAUAGCUACGCCGUUGACCAGAUUGACUCAGCAGACGGAGGGUGUUGGAUUUACUGUUUAUUGUGACGCUUCGGGUGUUGGACUUGGAGGUGUUUUGAUGCAGAAGGGUAAGGCUGUAGCCUAUGCCUCUAGAGAGCUGAAGGCACACGAGAGGAAUUACCCAACUCAUGAUUUGGAGUUGGCAGCUGUGGUAUUUGUGCUUAAGUUGUGGAGACAUUACCUAUAUGGUGUUCAUUGCGAGGUAUUUACUGAUCAUAGGAGCCUACAGUACAUAUGCACUCAGCGGGAUCUGAACUUGAGACAACGUAGGUGGCUUGAGUUGCUCAAGGACUACGACAUGACCAUUUUGUAUCACCCCGGGAAGGCCAAUGUGGUGGCCAAUGCCUUGAGUAGGAAGACUCCUAAUAUGGGGAGUCUUGCCGCGAUCAGUGUUGAGAGGCGGCCUUUGGUUCGGGAUGUUCAGAGGUUAUUUGACAGCAUGGUGAGAUUUCGGGUUUCUGAGGAGAGUGGAGGUGUGUUUGCCUUCAUUGAAGCCCGUUCAUCUUUGAUGGAGCAGAUUAGAGAGCAUCAGUAUGAGGAUGGGAAGUUAUGUCUCAUCCGGGACAAGGUGAUGAGUGGUGAAGCCAAGAAGGCUAAGAUUGACUCCGAGGGUGUAUUGAGGAUUGAGGGCCGGAUAUGUGUGCCCAAGUUGGUGAUUUGA